AUGGAAGCUAUCAGAAAACAAGCAUCGAAGCUUCGAGAACAAGUCGCUCGCCAACAACAGGCUGUGCUGAAACAGUUUGGGGCUGGGGGAUAUGGAGGUUCGGAUAACAUGGUUACUGAUGAGGCAGAGCUUCAGCAACAUCAGAAACUUGAGAAGCUUUACAUUUCCACACGUGCAGGAAAGCAUUAUCAAAGGGAUAUUGUCCGUGGAGUAGAAGGUUAUAUUGUUACUGGAUCAAAGCAAGUUGAAAUAGGAACAAAGUUGUCAGAAGAUAGCAGGAAAUAUGGUGCAGAAAAUACAUGUACCAGUGGUAGUACAUUAUCAAGAGCUGCACUAAAUUAUGCACGUGCCCGAGCACAAAUGGAGAAGGAACGUGGAAACUUAUUAAAAGCUCUCGGCACACAGGUUGCAGAGCCCUUAAGAGCAAUGGUGACGGGUGCUCCUUUGGAGGAUGCUAGGCAUCUUGCUCAACGUUAUGACAGAAUGCGGCAGGAUGCUGAAGCUCAGGCUAUUGAAGUUUCUAAACGCCAGGCAAAAGUGAGGGAAACACCAGGCCAUGCUGACAAUGCUAUGAAACUGGAAGCUGCAGAAACAAAGUUGCAAGACCUGAAGGCCAACAUGGCCAUAUUGGGGAAGGAAGCAGUUGCAGCAAUGACAGCUGUUGAAGCACAACAACAGAGGUUAACGCUCCAGCGUCUUAUAGCUAUGGUUGAAGCAGAGCGUGCCUAUCAUCAAAGAGCGCUAGAAGUACUUGAUCAUCUUGAAGGAGAGAUGGUAUCAGAACGGCAUCGUAUUGAAGCCCCUCCUACACCUAGUGUGGACAACAACAUGCCGCCACCUCCACCAUAUGAAGAAGUGAAUGGUGUAUAUGCUUCUCAGGAACACAAUGGCAUAACAGACAACAUGGGUUACUUCUUAGGAGAGGUUUUAUUUCCCUAUCAUGCCGAGUCUGAAGUUGAACUAAAUUUAUCUGUUGGAGAUUAUAUCGUCAUUCGAAAGGUGUCAAACAAUGGAUGGGCUGAGGGCGAAUGCAAAGGGAGAGCAGGUUGGUUUCCAUUUGGUUAUGUUGAAAGGAGAGACCAAGUCCUUGCUAGCAAAGUUGCGGAAGUGUUUUGA